AUGAUGAAAUGUGUCCAUGUUGCUGUGGCUGUGCUCAGUCUUCUGUCUGCUGGACAGUCAGCUCCCGUGAGCAGCUGUGAGACUCUCAUCCAUCCGAUUGAAAUCAAUGGAAGAGAGCAGUUGCUGGGAAAUUGGACGGCCAUUGCAGAAGGCACAGACGUCCCUUCAGCUAAAUUGCUGACCAAUUUGUUAAUGGCGAGCGUGAGGCUGAACAUCAAUGCUGCUAAUGAGAGUGAUGCCAUAAAUGUGAUGCAGUCUCAAAAAAUACUUGGCCGCUGCUACACUUUCACAACUCAGAUGACCUUAGUGAACAGCACUCUCCCUUUGGCACAACCUUUCCCUCGUUCUUUUGUCAGUCUGAGGACUGGCUGCCCUGACUGUCUCAUUGCCUCCUCGAAGUUCACUAUUGGAGGACAAACAUACAGAGUACUCCAGCUUCUGAGCAGGAGGAAUACUGUGAAUGCUGAUGAGCUGAAAGAGUUUAUGAGGCAGGCAGAGUGUUUGAACUUACCAUCACCCACCAUCCUGGACCAAGAGACAGGUUUUUGCCCAGAUGACUCUCCCUCCAUAGAAGCAGCGACCACACAUCUAACCAAUUCCAUGAAUGACAUGGGCUCUGAAUUUUCCAAAACAUUGGAAAGUAUUAUAAACAGUGAUGCAGAUCUCCAGAACCUUCUCAACACAUUAAGAAGCAGCGUAGCUGGAUUAAAAGAAAACUAA